CCAAAGCCAGUGAAGAAGAAAAAGAAGUUUAUCAACAAGAAACAGGCCACCACAUUCCGUCUGAUACCUGGCUACCAUGAGGAUGAAGAUGCACCCCCUAAAGUUCAAGACCCAGAGGAGCUGGAUGCCAGAAAAGAGGAGCAGAGAAAGUAUGGGAUAUUUUAUGAUGAUGCCUAUAAUUAUAUGAAACACUUACGGUCACUCGACGAGCAGGCAACACUUGUGGUUACUGGCCACGUAGACAAAGAUUUUGAGACGCAGUCGACCACGAGCAGCAGGCUGCCUACUUUUGUGGAACAUUUUUCUACAGACGCCACGGAGGAAGAUGACAUUGAUCCUGAGAUCCUAGCAGCGCUAGAUGAUGCCCCCAUUGUGAACAUAACUGAUGAGGACAACCUUGAUGCUAUUGCUGAUGAAAUCUUCUUAGAUGAUGAUUUUAUUGAAAAGGCAGGAGGUGCAGUACCAGUAGCACAUCAUGAUGAGGAGGAGGAGGAGGAUGAUGGCACUGAUACAGACAUCUCUGAUGAGGAAGAAGAUGAAAACACAGAUGAACAAGAGGAGGGUGGGUCCUUUGUCAGUGACGAGGAUUACACAGACGAGGAAGACAAACUGUCUUCGGCUGCUCCCUCCCGUGGCAGAGGCAACGUACAGGAUGAUAUUGCAGAGGCCCAGACUGCCUUGAUUCUGAAGAACUUUGAGGAAGGUUUGGGCUUCCGAUGUGGCACCCAGUUAUCAGAUGAUGAGGAGGAGAUGCCAACAGCUGAGGAUUACGAGAACUUGAAGAGAAUCAUCAAAGAGGACCACAGCAAACCUAUAUCGUGGUCAGAGUUUCUGGAUGAUAAAUCAGAGAAGCCAAAAAUUGACGCCUCCAGGUACUUAUACGAAGACGAGGAUGAAUAUGAAUGGAAAGAUGCCCCAGCAAAGAAACCGUUUGACUGUGUGAGCAUUUUAAGUUUGUCAUCAAACACCAGGAAUCGCCCCACUGACAUAAUUCCACCCAAAUCAGAGGACAAACGGAAGCACAAAAAAUCAGAGGGAAGCGAUGAGACAAGCAGCGUGUCUGGAAUCAAUCUGCGGCAGCUUCAAGCAGAGAUGAGGGCCAGCCACAAGUUGGACAAGGCCGGUACCUUCCGACCCAAAGAUGAGACUGUUGAUGAGAAAAAGUCCAGGAAGAAGGCGAUCAAAGAGGAGAGGAAAGAAAGAAGGCAAGAAAAGAAAGCCAACAGGGAAGUCUUUGCCAUGGAGAAUGAAAAGAUGAAGAAGGAGACUGCUGCCUUAUCCAAGUCUGUGAAGAGCAUCCAGAUAUUUUAG